UGGCCGUUCAACUGAUUUUUCCGAAACUCUUAGCGCCAAACAACCAAAACACAAAAAAAGGAUCAGAAAACACACACAACAAAAAAAACGCUUCAAAAUUCCAACUUAUGAUUUCCCUCACUCCCACUCCCUCUCUCGUCCUCCACACAAACUCUACCGUCUUCUUCGUCUUCCCAAUUCGAACUCGCACGACUCCGCCGAGCCCUAGCAGCCCCUCCAGGAUCCGAUGCUCUUCGGGUUCGGGCGUGCAGGAGGUCCGCAAGUCCUCGGAGGAGAAAGAGCUGAGCUCCGAGCUGUACGAGUCGGUGCCGUUCCCGGCGGUGAAGGCCGCGAAGAGGGUGGUGCUGGUGAGACACGGGCAGAGCACGUGGAACGCGGAAGGUAGGAUCCAGGGGAGCUCCAAUUUCUCUGUGCUCACCAAGAAAGGCGAGUCUCAGGCCGAGACUUCCCGCCUCAUGCUCGUCGACGAUUCUUUCGAAGUCUGCUUCACCAGUCCCCUGACACGGUCAAAGAGAACAGCCGAAAUUAUAUGGGGCACUCGCAAAGAGGAAAUGAUUAUGGACUCUGAUUUGAGGGAAAUCGACUUGUAUGCAUUUCAAGGGCUCUUAAAGCAUGAGGGAAAAGCAAAGUUUGGUGCAGCUUUUCAUCAAUGGCAGGUAGAUGCCGCAAACUUUAAUAUUGAUGGUCAUUAUCCAGUGAGAGAGUUAUGGGCACGCGCUAGGAGCUGCUGGACCAGAAUACUUUUGCAUGAAAGCAGGUCGGUUCUUGUGGUUGCUCAUAAUGCUGUUAAUCAGGCUCUUGUUGCAACAGCCAUUGGACUGGGAACUGAGUAUUUUAGGACUUUAGUUCAGAGCAAUUGUGGUGUAAGUGUGCUGGACUUAAUCCCACGAGCUGAGGGUGGAUCACCAUAUAUUUGCCUCAAUCGCCUGAACCAGACCCCAAGUUCCCCUGUUGCUGCUGGAAGUUCAGGAGGAAGGAAAGCAAGCAACCGGAUCAUACUUGUUUGUCAUGGAUCCACACAGAGCAAUGCAGAGACUGGUUUUCCUUCGGCUGGUGAUCAACCAAUGGACAUGCUUGGGAUAAUAAAGUCCCAGAAAACUGCAGAGCUACUGCUUGAUUUGAAAGUGAGUUCUAUAGUUAGCAGUCCAAAGAAAGCUUGUGUUGAAACAGCAACUGUCAUCUCCAAAGUGCAAGAAGCUGCAGAUUGCUUGGGUGUUGACUGUGUGCCACGCUAUGUGGAGACGAAAGAGAUGGAGAACCUUGAUGUUGAAGACAUUCUUCAGCGGUCAUCUGAGGGUAAAACGGAGAUUCCACCUCUUCAGCCUGGUUGGCUGAAUGAAUUUGAGGAUAAAUUGACGGGAGCUGUGUGGGAGCAAUCUGAGAAGGCCUGGCAGUCUCUGCUAAAUGAAGUAGCUGAUGAAGCUAAGUCAGAAAAAGUUGUUGUUGCAGUUGGUCAUCCAGCAUUGCACAUAGCUUUGAUGGGGCACUGCCUGAAUUUGACAAAGGAAUGGCUGGGAUCAUUUCAUCUUGAUGCAGGAAGCAUCACUGUCAUUGAUUUUCCUGAUGGUCCUAAUGGCAGAGGCGUUAUUCGGUGCAUAAACUAUACGGCUCAUUUGGGGAGAUGGUCAAUCCCGAUCACCAGAUCAACACUAGACGAUGAAGAGUUUUCAAUGUGAACAUACAUAAUCAUAAAAGGAAUUGAACUUGAGUAUAAAUUAGUUUAGCUGAUGAACUCUUUAAGUAAAACUGUAUAGGUAUCUUGUCCAUCAACCCUAGCUCAAGUGGCAUUUCUGUGGGUUGAAAAGGGUAGAACUUGGGUGUAAACUUUAAGCCUUGUAAGCCAAAAGCUGUAUAGGUGCUCACGAGUUUAUAAGUUCAACUGCCAUGGAACCGAGACCAACCUUCUCUGCAACAAAAUGAAGAUUGAAAAUU